AUGUCUGAGUCAACUAAAUCGGGAAUAACGGUCGCUAUCAUUGGCGGCGGGAUUGGAGGCAUCUGCGCAGCGAUCGCGCUCGGUCGCUCUGGUUACGAUGUGCAUAUCUUCGAACAAGCUUCCAAGUUCUCAGAAAUAGGUGCUGGGGUCGGCUUUGGUGCCAAUGCGUUACAUGCGCUUCAUCUCCUGGGACUCGGGGACGACUAUGAGCAGAUAGCUGAUGUCUCCCCGGCGGGGGACCCGUGGUUCUCGUUUUUGUCCGGCAAGGAUUGCGAGCCGAUCUCAGAGGUCCUGAAUCCUGCCCCUCGUGGUAGUGUCCACCGUGCGCGUUUCUUGGAAUGCCUUCUGGCAAGGCUGCCGCCAACGGUUUCGACGCACUUCUCGUCCCGCGUCAUCUCUGUCGAAAACAUAUCAUCCAGAGAUGAUCAAGCCCCACAUGUACGAUUGACCACGGUCCAUCCGGACUCGUCGAAUUCGAUACAGUUCAAAGCCGACAUUGCGCUGGGAUGCGAUGGCGUGAAGAGUAUGGUACGCGAUAGCUUCCAGCAAGAGAUGGGUGCAUGCGUGCGAUACACCGGUACGUACGCGUAUCGAGGUCUCAUGAACCUCGAGAAGGCGGCUUCGGAGGCCGGUGACUUCCAUAUAGUCAUGUUUCCUAUCGAGCACGGCAAGAUAUUGAACAUCGUCGCGUUUGUGAGCGAUCGCACCCGGCCACCUGAAGAGCGCGUCUGGGAAGGGCCAUGGGUCAAGCCCGUAACACGGCAAGAGAUGUUUGACGAUUAUGCCGAAUGGGAUCCUAGGGUGCACGCUAUCCUCUCGCUUGUGGACAAACCGGAAAAAUGGGCUCUGCAUGAUCUCUUGCCUCUAGAACGAUGGACGGUGGGACGCGUUACGCUCCUGGGAGACUCGGCGCACGCUAGUCUGCCUCACAACGGCGCUGGGGCAGGACAGGCCAUCGAAGACGUCUACGUCCUCUCAAAGCUCCUUGGGCACCCGUCUUGUGCCGCGGAUAAUAUUCCAGCCUUCCUUCAAGCAUACGAACACGUCAGACGUCCGAGAGCAUCGCGGCAGCAGAUUCAUUCGCGCGAAAGCGGUGACAUCUACGAAUUCGCGAGUCCAAUGGGGGACGAUUACGCGAAGAUCGACGAACAUCUGCAGAGGCGAUAUGAUUGGCUGUGGAACCAUGAUCUGGACAGCGACGUAGAAGAGGCAUUGACGUUUCUUCGUGAUAGAGGCGUGUUAGCCAAGUAGUGCCUAUAGAUGUCCCCAGUCCGCAGAGAUGACCGGUCCACACAUGGGAGCGGUUGGAUCGCAACCAUGCCCUGUAACGAAACCUUGUGGGCCAGCUUUCUGCGACAGGGUCGCAACGAGGCGAAGCGAAUGUCAAAUCCGCGUUCGGGAUUAGUGGCAUUGCCAGACGGUGUGAAGCUCGUCAAGAGGUGUGACAUGCCCGAUGACGCCCAAAAGCCGUCCCAUGCGAUGAAGGGCUAGAGGGACAAGACCGUCCUCGCCUUCAAGCCAAUGACACCACCGCCUCUCCCGUCCCAGCCAGGGAUGGUAGCACGGCAUACGGGGCAUCGCGCAGCUGCGGCUUGCGCCAGAUCCAUCGGAGUGACCUGGUUUCGUCGCAAGGUGGUCUUGAUGGCAGUAAACAGGCAAUCACCGCACAGAACAUGCCCACAUGGCGUCACAGUCGCUCGUGUGGGCGGAGAGAAACAUAUUGGACAGCUGUACGCUCCGAGGGGCUCCGGCUCGCGGCGUUGGCUUUCCGGAGGAGGCUGGGUGGCGGGCGGCUCGGUGGCUUGGGAGAGCGGCGCGGUUUCUUGGGAGAGGAGUUCGAUCGAGGAUGAUGGCCCUGGUUGCGGGGAAAGAGGAGGCGGAGAGGAGGCGGGUUCCAUUUUCGGUUGCUUUCGUCGACGUUUGGCGCCUUUCGGGGAGACAGUCUCUAUCUCGGGAGACAAUGGUGCAGCAGUGCUCGGUCCCGCCGCGCCCAAGCUUGAUCCGUUGUGGUCCGCCGGUGCCUCCGAGGCACGCCUCCCUCGUCCCGCUCCCGUUCCCGCUCUCGGCCUCUUCCUUCCCCGCUUCGAUGCUGCGGGAGUAUCGGUGUCCGGUGGUAGUACUGCUGAUGGUCCCGCCACUGCCUCCGAUGUACUCGGACCAGCACCAUCACCAAAACCGUCCGGGAACUCUUCCACCUCCUGUACAACCGGCGACGUAGCCCUCCCUCGCAUUGCUGCCGCUGCCGGACGCCUUCCCUUUCCUCGUCUCGCCGCGGAGACCUUACUCGACUUCGCGAGCGUGCCUGUGCGUUCGUGUUGGUGUGGCGCCGGGGGAAGAUUUGUGGUGAAGGUGCGAGCACUCGUGCUUGAGCCGGCCUGCGACCGCGUUGAAGUCAGGCUGGAUGCGCGGGAACUAAUGUGCGAUCGACUGCGGCUUCGCAAUUGCCGAGUCGUAGUCGGCGCAGGUAAUGGAUAGUCAUCUGUAUGUGGGCGCGCGCUAGGAUGUGCAGACGAAGGCAUGGACAG